UUUUCCCAUCGUAGCGGCUGCCCUUGAUCCUCAAUCACUCUGUCAACAAAAUUUUGCAAAGCAUCACAGUGCUCAGUUUGCAGUAACAAUGGCACUUAAGAAGGUAGCAAGCUCACCUACAGAGGCAUCAAUCGCGAUUGACCAAUAUGCAAAUAUCUUUUGUGAAAAGAAACUGUUGUUUGGAUCAAUUGAGGCUCGGAGUUCGGCACUUCGUGGUCAAACAAAAGCAGAUUUCCAGAACCUUCAACAACACAAGGAGGUAGAUCCAUGUAGCAUGAUGAUGGAUGUUGCCUUAUUCGAUGAAGAAAAUCCAAUUAUGGAUUGGCUGUCCAACUCCAUGACUGAAUCUGCACCAAUUCUGGAUGAAUAUGAUGACUAUGAUGAUGAUUGGACCACACCUGGUGGCUUCCUCAUUGAUGAGCUACAGAUGCAACCAGAAGAAGUGGCUGCAUUCAAGAGGAAGCUUUAUUUUGGUAGAAAUGGUGGUCAGAAGAAAGGGAAUGUGGGAUUGGAUGAUGAGGAAGAAUUCGUAGAUGACUAUGAGUCAGAUUCUGCACAUGGUAGCCCUGUGUAUGCUGAGACAGGGGACAGCAGCUCCGCCUCUGAAGAGGAUGGUGAUGGUGCUGAUGAUGUGGGGGGAGAUCAAUCUGGUGGUGGUAUAGCCUUUGGUGAGGUAGCAAAAAAGCAUGGCGCUGGAAGUAGUGGACGUAGAGUCCGUGGUGGUGGUGCAGCCUGCCGUUCAGGAGUUACAAUUGGAAGGCCAAGCUGCUUUAUCCGUCCAAGAUCAACUAGGAAGAAGAAGUCAACUCUCAAGGCUGUCUUCGAACUCUAA